UCGCUCUCAUUAAAGCCCACCACAUCUCCUCCAGAUUCCAAUCCGGAAAACGCCCAAUACUCAUCACAGAUUACCAAGGCCAGAUCCACAUCGUUCCAGCCAGCCAUGCAUUGGCUCUCAACAGAUCUCUGUACCGCAAUGUCUUGCCAUUUUCAACCUUAUAGGGCCAGCUGUGCAUGCGAUCCGAAUCUAUCACAACAGGGACACGAAAGUUUCGAACCCUACAAUACCGGCUACUAUUCAAAUGCCCAUCGAUCGUAUGGUGACGGCUCGGACUCACAUUCGAAUGCCAAUCGAUCCUACGGCGACGAGACCAACUUCCAUUCGGAUGCCUACCAAUCCUUCGGCGACGACGCCAACUACCAAGCAAAUGGCUAUCACUCCUUCGGCGACGGCAUCGGCUCCUAUGGGUACCCGAGCUUUGGACAGGACUUUGACGGCAGUGCACAAUCACCCUACUCAUCGUAUGGGCAUUCUUAUGGGUAUCCUCACCAGUACGAGCCGUAUGCGAGCCCGUACCUGGCACCCCCCAGACAAUACUCGGAGCAAUAUAAUUGCAGCUAUCAAGACUUUGACGGUUACGGCGGCGGCUGCUGUACGGAUGACAUGUCAUCUACUGGUUACUACAUGCCGAGCUACUAUGACUAUCUCUGGCCGCCGGUGAUGGUUGAAACCGUGGAAAACGUGGAGGAGUUCACAAUGAAGCGGGAGACUAGGCCAAUGGCCGGAACAAAGACUAGAGGACCACGGAGAGCGGGUGGAAGGCGUGGGAGGGAAUAUUAUGGGUCGUAUGGGAUGGGUGGAUGCGGCAUGAUGUAGUCUGAGGAGGCGUAAUAGGCAUGUCGCAAAGGCUGAUUUUGAGAAUGUGACCUACGGCGGAAGACGACAGCCAUUGCUCGGGUAGUUGAAUUAGAACAAUGGGCAUACGUACACGUAGAUAUCUGUACUAUGGGGAAUU